AUGCCCCCGACCGAGAAACAAAUGUCCUACCUCGCCCUCGCCUGGCAAUGCUUCGAGACCGAGCCAAAGAUCGACUACGAAAAAUUCAAACAAGUCGCCGGCCUAGCCUCCUCCAACUCCGCGCGCGAACUCAUGCGCGUCACCAAGAAGAAGUUGAAAGAAGAAUACGGCGCAUUGUCCGGCACCAUCGCAUCCUCCAACGUCGCCACUGUCAACGGCAAAGGUUCCCCACACAAGGUCGUCAAGUCCACACCGAAGCGGCCGCGCGCGAAGAAAGCUGCCAGUGAGAUGGAGAGUGGAGAGGCGGAUGACGAGAGUCCGAGUAAGAAAUCGAAGAGUAAGACUGCGAAGGUUAAGGUGGAGGAGGUGAAUGGGGAGGGUGAGGAUGAUGAUGAUGAUGAUGAUGAUGAUGAUGAUGAUGAUGAUGAUGAUGAUGAUGAUGGGUUGGGGAUGUUCCAGUAA